AUCAUUACUUCCUACUUAUCUCUUACCUUAUUAUCUCCUCCUCUCCUUGUAAUAAUAUAACUAACUACGUGCUAUUAAUCUGUCUUUCAAUAUCUCUCUUAUUACUCCCUUACCUUACUUAUCAUCUAUAUUACUCUCCCCUUAUUUUCCCUACCUAUUAUACUUACUUAUUAUUAUUUAUUAUUACUUACCCUAUUACUACUCUUAUCUCUUACUUCCCUACUAUUACUCUCUUACCUUAUCUUUACUCUUAUUACCUAUAUUACCUUACUAUCUCUCUUAUUACUUUCUUACCUAUAUUGCCUUAUUCCUACUCAUAUUUCUCUCUUCCUUAUUAUUACCUUACUAUUACUUCGUUACUCUCUUAUCACUUCCUUAUCCCAUUAUUCCCUUAUAUUAUCUUAUUUAUCAUCUCUCUCCUUAUUUUCCCUACUUAUCUAUUACACUUACUUAGUUUAUUACUUACUUAUUAUCUCUUACCUUAUACUUACUUAUCACUUCCCUUACUGUUCAUAUAG